AUGGUCUUGGGUGCAAAUCCACCAUUUGCGGUUUUUGAAGGGUUUGUUAAGAGAAUUUGGGGACAUUUGGGCAUUGAACGGGUAGUGAGAAUGCAUAUGGGACUCACCAUUGUCAAGUUCAAUGAUGAGGCUACAAGAGAUUUUGUUUUGGAGAAUGGAGUUGUGCAGUUUGAUAGGAAGCCGGUUAUUGUGAGGCCUUGGACUCAAGAACUAGACUCAAUCAGAUUGGUGCAUUCUGUUCCUUUAUGGAUCCGGUUGCCAGAUUUGGGGUUGCAAUAUUGGGGGAAAAACUGUCUUAGUGCCUUAGUCAGUACAAUUGGGAAGCCUAUCAUGGUGGAUAAAUUUACUAAGGAUAGAUCUAUGAUAAAGUUUGCUAGGGUGUUGGUUGAAAUGGAUAUUACAGAUGACCCUCCCUUCAUAAUACAUUUUGUUAAUGAACGUGGUCAGCUCCAGGAACAAUUUGUGGAAUAUGAAUGGCUCCCCAUUAAGUGCUCAACAUGUAAGGGCUAUGGACAUAAUGCUGCUGAAUGCAAGAAAAGUGAUACAAAAGUUUGGGUCUCUAAGAACAAACUAGAUCCAAAAUUGCCUUCUCCUGUUUCUGGUGCCGAGGCUGCAACGAUAACACUUGGUGAGACACCUGAGUCUCAUGAGGCUGCGAUAGGGCCAAAGAGUACAUCUAUGGUAACUGGGACUGGUGAGGCUGCAGUUCAGGAUAAGGCUCAGAGUACUAAUCUAGCUCGGUCUCCAGCUAACAAGGAAAAUUGGGAAGUGCCUAGGAAGAUUGGGACAUCUAAGAGUAAAAGUAAGACAGUAAGCUCACAGUUGGACAGGGAUAAAAAUGUUUUUAAAGUGCUUCAAGAACAGGUGACAGGGGAGAUGAGUGGGGUUCCUUUUGACUCCUUUGCCGAUGGAUAG